CCUGGGUUCUGCCUCUGCCACCUGCGCUGGCACCGAUGGCUUUGCUGGGGCUGCUCGUGCUGCUGGCGCUGGCCCGGCCCGUGGGGGCCACCUGGGACAGCUGCAGAGACACCUGCGGGCUGACGCCCAUGGCGCUGAACGAAAGCGCCGCCGUCCCCGAGUUCGGCUCCUCGGAGUCUCCCAACGCCACAGCAAACCUGGACGUGCCCCCCGGGGCCUGGCCCGGCAUCGCCAGCGUCCAGGUCACCAUGGAGAACGGCACCUGGCACAUGUGCACCGGCGCGCUCGUCAGCCAGCGCUGGGUCGUCACAGCCGCCAGCUGCUUCGACGGGGCCGGGCCUGUCGUCGAGUGGAAGGUGGUGAUGGGGGCCACGGAUCUGGCUCAGCCGGGCCCCGAGGCACAGGUGUUCCAGGUCAAGCAGAUCCUGCUGCACCAGGACUACGUGGCGGCCACGGUCACCAACAACAUCGCCCUGCUGGAGCUGGAGCAGCCCGUGGAGUGCAGCGACUACAUCCAGCUGGGCUGCGUGCCCGACGGCUCCCUGGCGGUGCCCGAGCUCAAAACCUGCUACAUGGCGGGCUGGAGAGCCGCCCCGGCCAGCGGUCAGUGUGCAGUGCUGCAGGAGGCCAAGGUGCGGCUGAUGGACGCCCAGCUGUGCAACAGCAGCCGCUGGUACGGGGGGGCCGUGCACCCCCAGGACCUGUGCGCGGGGUACCCGCGGGGCGGCAUCGACACCUGCCAGGGGGACGUCGGGGCUCCCCUGGUGUGCAAGGACAACGACGAGGACAACUUCUGGCUGGUGGGACUGUCCAGCUGGGGCGAGGGCUGUGCCAGGGCCAGGAGGCCGGGGCUGUUCACCUCCACCCAGCACUUCCACGGGUGGAUCCGUGCCCACACCGGCCCCAACCCCGCGGCGCCCACCGCGGCGCCGCUGCCCACCCUGAACGCGCCGGGACGGGAGCCACCCGUCGUCCCCACCCCGGAAAGCGCCCUGAGGAGCUUGCUUGAGAAGCUGCAGGAGCUGGUGGAGGUGCUCAAGAGCAGGAUAGGGUGAGAGGAGGGAGAGCGGAUCCCGUUCUGGCUGCAGAGCAUCCUCCAGCUGGGGCCGUGACUGUGGUGCCGAAUCAGCCCCGCUGCCCAGGGCUGUGUGCCCUGCUCACGUUCCUGCCCUGGGGCCUCUCGGCUGCUCAGGCUGCUUUAAUCCCCGGAAUAAAGUUCUGUUCCACCCAUGCUGGGGGUUUAGGGGUGGAAUUCUCCA